AUGCCCAACUGGUCAGCUGCAUUUCUUGGCCGAUCGAAAAAGGUUCAAAUCGGUCUCUGGUCCAUUUGUAAGUCUACAGAGCGCUCUACAGACUGCGCGUUCUGGAACAACUUGGAGAUCUGGAAGUUUGCGGACACGGAUGAACCAGAUUACGUCCUCUACUCGAGGAUGUUUCUGCAACUAUCGAUUAUAACCGGCCUCAUUGGAAAUAUCUUCGCAAUAGUUGGAAACGGAUUGCUUUGUUGUACGCGAAAAUUCAAAACUACAGUCAUAAUUCAAGCAGUCGCUUCGCUGUGUCUCUCUGCGAGUGCUAUGCUUAUUGGAGCUUCGGGGACGGUCUUCCCGAUUCUUUUUAAAGCCCCGACUGCAGAUUUACCUAAUCAAAAGCAGAUAAAUCACAUUCUGACGAGAGACUACUUCUCUGUUGACCCUCGGUCUCGACCGAUUUUUGAACACGGACUUGCUCUUUACCUUUGCUGGGCCUCUAUGAUUAUUUACGGGAUCGGCUGUUCACUGUACAUCUUUAUCGCGUGCCUAAUUUGCACAGAAAGAAACUCUUCGAAAGUGUUUGUUCGCCCUCUUUCUUAUACAACGCUGAACGAAGGCAAGACGCGAGAACUUCCAGACGAGCCACGUGAACGUGUUUUGAUUGCUUCCUCGUCCAACUCUUCAUCGGUCAAGGAGACACCAAAUAACGAUGAAAUCAACAACGACUCUCUCCGAAAAAGCCCACAGAAAGGAUCACUACUCAGCAACAGAUACUUCCCAAAAGAGAAUCAGAUACAAACAAGCAAUCUGAAUAACGACAACGUGAAUUUCGAAAAAUUAAAUCGAGCACAUACUCUUUCAACAAUAAGGAGUAAAUCUUUCAUGGCAGAUGACAAUUUCUGCGACUCGAUAGCACGGGCCCUUUCUCUUCGAAAGCAAGAAAAUGAUUACCAUGAAAGUCCUACCACGGACUACUCUACUCAGCAAGACUUGGACGAGAUCCGUGACGUGAGCUACGAAGCUGAAGCUGAAAGCGAAGAAGUCGAGUCAUUAUGUCCAUCUGUUGCGUCCGUUUCCAUCAUUGAAUCUUCCGUAAUGGACUUCGGACAACAGCCCUGUGCAGAUCCGUUCCCAAAAAGAAUGAUGCAAAACUACUACAGCGAACAUACUAGAGCUUCUAUAGGAAUUUUUAGAUUAAGCUGCGACGAAUCAUAA